UAACGAAAUAGAAAUGAAUUAUAACAAUGAAAUCGAUAGUAUGAAUAAAAUUAAUGAUGAUAUCAGUAGCAGCGAAUAUGAUCCGCAACAAGUUACCGUACCACUAACAUUAUGUCUGGGAAUUAUGGUAGGGUACGUAAUAGCAGGUGCUUUGCUAUUUUCAAAAUGGGAAGACUGGAAUAUGUUGGAUGGUUCGUACUUUUGUUUCGUUUCAUUGUCAACCAUAGGAUUUGGUGAUAUAGUACCAGGUGAUAGAAUUUACUCUGGACAAGGGCUAGAAUUAUCCUUCAUCUUCUGUUUCAUGUAUCUCAUGCUUGGUAUGGCACUCAUCGCUAUGUGUUUCAAUUUAAUGCAAGAGGAAGUAAUCGCCAAAGUUCACAAUCUCGCACGUAUGAUCAAAUACAUCUUCAGAUGUGAUAGGUGAUGGUAGUU